AGAGCACAGCGGGGGCGGGCAAUAUUGUGGUGGCGUUAGUAAUUGUUGAGAAGUGUGGGUGUUGGAGGAGCUCCCGGACCGUUCUCACCAACACAAGUGUUGGAGAUGCUGCCUCCCGCCGCCGCCUGAUACCUUCCUCUCUCCCAGCUGGCGGUGUCGCUUUGAGUCAUCAAGGCAGCCAUGACUCCAUUUGAUGAUUUCGUUUAUCUUGUAAAUUCCAUCCUCCUUGGUGAAGAGCCAACCAUUGAGGACUUCAUCCUCUUAAUUGGAACAUUUGUAGCAUUUAUUGCUUUCAUUCUCUGGUGCUGCUUCCCCAUUGUACCAAAGGAAUCCAAUCCUCCUGCUCAGUAUGACACACAGUACACCAAAUAUAAGAAAACAGAUUCUCCAUAUGAUGAGAAGAUGUGAAAUGGAAUUGACUGCGUGGAAGCUUUCUGAAAGGUGAUAAUUAGCAGUGGUCCCAGAUUCUCAGGCUUUGGCCAUGGUAAGACACAAGGCAGGGUUUCAGUGCAGGGGUGGGAGUUAGUGUCAGCCAUUAGAGGACAUUUACAAAUCUCAACUUUUAUGAAUGGGGAACCAAGGCACAUUGUUCUCAGAAGACUAAAGGUACAGAAGACUAUGUUUGAUUAUGGAUAGUAAGUGAUGCCUAGAUACCAUGAUUAUUAUUAUUGCAUCUGAAGCUUACUUAAAUUUGUGAUAAUUUUAAGCUAAGAAUAAAAAGUAGAUUUUGGGAGUUAUUGGGCAAGCAUCAUCUGAAGCUUGUGUACGAAAUAAAUACUAGUAUUGAUAUCAUUUGUUGCCGAAGAGACAACAUGUUUAAGCAUUGUGUCUGUACUAAGGACAUAUUUUUCCGUUGUACAUAGAUGUUGUUAUACACCCAUGAGGUGUUUUCCAUACAAGACCUUUAAUCUACCUUGAUGUUGUCAUAAGAUUGAUUUGGUUAGACGACUAUCCAUUUGAUAAAUUGGGAAGCUGUUUUGAUUUUUACUGAUAUUUAUUUUCUUAAUUAUUAUUAAAAUUCUGUACUUUUACAGAUUGAGACUUGAAAAUAAUAUAGUGUAACUACUUUAUAAAUGCUCCUUAAUUUAAAUGAUUAACUUCUGAUCUUGUUGUACAGUUAUGUAAUUAUAAGGUGCAUAUGAUCACACAUUGUAUGUAUGGUUAUCAUAUCCUCUUUAACAUUGGUGACUAAUUUCUUUAAACCAAAAUUUAAGUUUUCCAAAUCCAUGGACUGGUAGAUGAAUUACUCUUGAGUACUUUAAACUUAGCUCGAUAACUUAUGACUAUGCUACUCUGCAAUAUAUUUCAAAUAGGCAUAGAUGUCAUAUACAGUUCUUAACAUUGUAGUAUGUCUACUAUGUCCCCUUGUAUAUACUGUAUUCUGUGGACAUAUACUCUUUCAAGCCGUGGCUUGAAAGAGUAUAUUCUGUUCUCGGUGGAACUAUUUAGUUAGGGUUAAACGAAUGAAAGCCCGGGCUUGGAAGAGUAUUACACGACGACCCAUGAUCUACAUUACUUUAAUUCUUAUACAGUUUAGAAUGAGUGGAUUACAGCAUAUUAGUCUCUUGAAAUCUGUAUUCAAUUUUAAAAGAAAAAGAAUUUGGCAAAAUUUCUAACUCGUUACUUUCUGAGCAGAUAUGUUUAUAAUGUUAAUAUAAUACUGGAAUAAUUAUAAUGGAAAAUAAAUACAAAUAUCA